UUCCAGGCCAAGAGACAAAACAUAAGACUAGAUCUAGCUAAAAACCUUUAUCGCUGCCGACACCUCCUUGAACCGCCGUGUCCAUCCAUCACGUCGCCUCAGCUGAGCCAAGAAGAGGAAGCAAGCCGAGAGGCUUUAAUCUCAAACCACGAGAGCUGCUUCCUCUGCCACGGGGCAUCUCCAGGCAUCAUAGCAGGCUGCCUCCUGCUCACCAGAGCCAAAAUCGGCUGCUAACUCGCCUCAAGGAGUCUGGUUAAAAACCAAAAAAUUGAUCAGACUUGCACCGCAAGUCAAUAAACGAUGGGCCGUCAUCCAAAACCCCUACAGCCCUACUCGUUAGGCCAUUGGGCUUCACCUCGGUUUCCGCGGUAAGCCGAGAUCCUUGCCAUGGACGAGCUACAAGGAAGUGAAUCAAGCCUUGGGCCGCCUCUUGCGUGUCAAGUUACUCAAUCCUGAAAUCAUUGCUUCACUCCCAUCCUGAACCACCGUGCCAUUACCUCGUCUUCUCCAUAUUAAUAUCAAUUCCGCAUCUUACAAUCCGUCUCUCAAACCAAGAAGGUUCAACAUCGCAAGACGCAAGCCAUACCUCAUAUCGUUCUUUCUUUGAUAAAUAUAUCGGAAAUUUCUCAAGCUUUACUCUAGUAUUCUUCAGCCAUGACCGCUAAGAAAGCUGUGUUGCAAUUGAGUGUCCACGAUGAGAAAAUCAGGAAGAAAGCGUUUGUGACCGUCUCUCGAUCUCAAGGGGUUACUUCGAUAACAAUGGAUGACAAAACAGGGAAAAUGACAGUAGUUGGAGAAGUUGAUACACCGGUUCUCGUGAUGAAGCUAAGGAAACUGUGUAAUGCAGAAAUCGUUUCGGUUGAAGUUGUUAAACCACCUGAGAAAAAGCCUGAACCGGCGAAACCGGCUCCAGCUAAACCUGAUACAACUAAACCGGCUGAAAUUGUUGCCUUUCCAGUUACGCAUAUGAACUACCCGUACCAAUAUCAUUCGUCCUAUGCGAAUUCGCACUAUCAGCCAUACGGGAAUUCUAGAGUUGUGGUGGAGGAACCAAACACUUGUGUGCUUAUGUGAUUUAACAAGCUAGAAUUAUUUUAAGUAAUGUUAGUUGUGUAAUACUUAGUUUUGGUGGGAGUGUAUUUUUUUUUGUGGUAUGUUGUAAUGGACAUUAGUCGCGUGAGCUCAUUCAAGGGAAACAAAUCAUUUAUGUGUGAUAAAGUGGAGCUUUAACACUAUGUUAACUUAAAAUUUUUUUUACAAUUGUA